GUCAGUGUGGUGAGACCCAGGUAAAGUUGGCUGCGCGGAGGCGGCGGCGGCUCCGAGUUCUACCUUGUAAAUACUGUUAUUUGUAUAUACUGUAAAUGAUGACAUCGGUGGGCACUAACCGAGCCCGGGGGAACUGGGAGCAGACACAGACACAGAGCCAGACACAGCACAAGCAGCGGCCGCAGGCUACUGCGGAACAGAUUCGACUUGCACAGAUGAUUUCGGACCACAAUGACGCUGACUUUGAGGAGAAGGUGAAACAACUGAUUGACAUCACAGGCAAGAACCAGGAUGAGUGUGUGAUUGCUCUGCAUGACUGCAAUGGAGAUGUUAACAGAGCCAUCAACGUGCUGCUGGAGGGCAAUCCGGACACGGUAGGAUUGGGUCCUGUAACUCUGCAUUCCUGGGAAAUGGUUGGGAAGAAGAAGGGUGUCUCGGGACAGAAGGAGAGUGGACAGGCAGAACCCAGUGAAGAAAGCAAAGAAAACCGGGAGAGGGAUCGGGAUUUCAGCAGACGACGUGGCGGGCCACCGAGGCGGGGGCGAGGUGCCAGCCGUGGAAGAGAGUGUAUGGACCUGCCCUUUAAUAACACUCAUAACUUUCGGGGCCAGGAGAAUGGACUAGAUGGUGGUAAGAGUGGAGGAUCUUCUGGAAGAGGCACAGAAAGAGGGAGGCGGGGACGUGGCCGAGGCCGAGGUGGCUCUGGAAGGCGAGGGGGAAGAUUUUCUGCCCAAGGCAUGGGAACUUUCAACCCAGCUGACUAUGCUGAGCCAGCCGGCACGGAUGAGAACUACGGGAAUAGCAACAACAACACAUGGAACAACACUGGCAGUUUUGAGCCAGAUGAUGGCACAAGACUUGAUUUCAUUGGGGGUGAGGGGUCAAAUUAUCCCCGAAAAUUUGACACUGCUCCUGGUACGAAACAUCCAGGUGCAUGGAGGGCCGCAACAGAAGAAUGGGGCACAGAGGACUGGAAUGAAGAUCUGUCUGAGACAAAGAUCUUCACCGCCUCUAAUGUGUCUUCAGUGCCUCUGCCUGCCGAGAAUGUGACAAUCACAGCUGGACAGAGAAUUGAUCUUGCAGUCCUGCUAGGAAAGACGCCCUCUUCUAUGGAGAAUGAGUCAACAAACCUGGAGUCAUCACAGGCUCCUUCUCUGGCCCAGCCACUGGUGUUCAGCAAUUCCAAGCAAAGUGCUAUAUCCCAGCCUGCCUCUGGUAACUCCUUCUCUCACCACAGCAUGGUGAGCAUGCUGGGGAAAGGGUUUGGAGAUGUUGGGGAGGCCAAAGGCAGCAGUACCACAGGUUCUCAGUUCCUGGAGCAGUUCAAGACAGCCCAGGCUCUGGCUCAGCUGGCUGCUCAGCACACCCAGCCUGGUGGGAGCACCACUGCUUCUUCUUGGGACAUGGGAUCCACUACGCAGACCUCGUCUCUUGUGCAGUAUGAUCUCAAGAACCCAACAGACUCUUCUGUUCAUAGUCCCUUCACCAAGCGUCAGGCCUUCACAUCGACUUCAACCAUGAUAGAAGUGUUCAUGCAGGAGAAACAACCUGUGGUGACUGCCUCCACAACCGUGCCGGCACCCCCUUCCUCACCGCUGCCCAGCAAAACCAAUCCUGUUCCCCAGAUGUCCCCAGGGUCCUCGGACAACCAGUCCUCCAGUCCCCAGCCAGCACAGCAGAAGCUGAAGCAGCAAAAGAAAAAAGCAUCGUUAACAUCAAAGAUUCCUGCGCUUGCAGUGGAAAUGCCUGGCUCAGCAGAUAUCUCAGGGCUAAACCUGCAGUUUGGGGCAUUACAGUUUGGUUCGGAGCCUGUUCUUGCGGAGUACGAAUCGACGCCCACAACAAGCACCGCUGUUAGCCAAUCUCAAAGCAGCCUGUACACCAGCACGGCUAGUGAAUCUUCAUCCACAAUUUCGUCCAAUCAAAGCCAGGAGUCUGGUUACCAGAGCGGCACAAUACAGACAGCAACGUUUACCUCCCAGAACAGCACUCAGGGACCACUGUAUGAACAGAGAUCCACCCAGACGAGGCGAUACCCAAAUUCAAUCUCUUCCUCGCCCCAGAAAGAUCUGACCCAGGCCAAGAAUGGUUUCAGUUCUGUGCAACCCACGCCAUUACAAACCACACAGGCUGUUGAAGGUGCUACAGGCCCGGCAGUGAAAUCCGAUUCCCCCUCUGCUCCCAGUAUCACGCCUCUCAAUGAUGGGGUAUCUGCCUCGUCCUUGCUGACGACAGCCAGCCAACACUCGACAGCUCUGAGCAGCCUGAGCCACAGUGAGGAACUCCCUAGUACGACCACCACCCAACUCAGCAGUACAUUACCCACCCAGCAGAACAGUCUGUCCUCAUCCACAUCCUCUGGGCGAACGUCAACCUCAACUCUUCUGCACACAAGUGUGGAGAGUGAAGCAAGCCUCCAUUCUUCUGCUAGCACUUUCUCCACCUCCUCCAGCACAGUGUCAGCCGCCCCACCAGUCGUAAGUGCUUCAUCCAGUCUCAGCAGUGUCAGCAGCCUGGGCCUCAGCCUCAGUAGUAACUCCACGGUGACAGCCUCAACUCGCAGCUCCGUUGCAACAACAUCAGGAAAAGCCCCUCCCAAUCUCCCUCCUGGAGUCCCACCGUUGUUGCCUAAUCCGUACAUCAUGGCUCCAGGCUUGCUACAUGCCUAUCCGCCACAGGUGUAUGGAUAUGAUGACUUGCAAAUGCUCCAGACGAGAUUCCCUUUGGAUUACUACAGCAUCCCAUUCCCUACACCCACCACCCCGCUGACUGGAAGAGAUGGCAGCCUGAGCAGCAAUCCGUACUCUGGUGACUUAACAAAAUUUGGCCGAGGUGAUGCCUCUUCUCCUGCUCCUGCAACGACUUUGGCCCAGCCUCAGCAGAGCCAGACCCAGACUCACCACACCACGCAGCAGACGUUCCUGAACCCAGCGCUGCCUCCUGGCUACAGUUACACCAGUCUGCCGUACUACACAGGGGUACCAGGGCUCCCCAGCACCUUCCAAUACGGGCCCGCCGUGUUCCCUGUUGCUCCUACCUCUUCCAAGCAGCAUGGUGUGAAUGUCAGUGUCAACGCAUCAGCAACCCCUUUUCAGCAGCCCAGCGGCUAUGGCUCUCAUGGAUACAGCACUGGUGUAUCCGUGACAUCCAGUAAUACAGGAGUGCCAGACAUCUCGGGCUCUGUCUACUCCAAAACUCAGCAAUCCUUCGAGAAGCAGGGAUUUCACACUGGAACCCCAGCAGCCUCCUUCAAUCUGCCUUCAGCGCUGGGCAGCGGCGGCCCCAUCAACCCUGCAACGGCAGCGGCAUACCCCCCCACUCCUUUCAUGCACAUCCUGACCCCGCAUCAGCAGCCCCACUCGCAGAUCCUCCACCACCACCUGCAGCAGGAUGGGCAGGGUGGCUCUGGGCAGCGCAGCCAAGGCAGCUCCAUCCCCCAGAAAUCCCAGGCCAACAAGUCUGCCUACAACAGCUACAGCUGGGGCGCCAACUGAGGCCGGGGUGGCCCUCGCCCACCACUUGCUUCCAGAAGAGAAUCCCACCGAACCUGACGCCGAAGGAUCCCGGGGAGGAGAGCGCCCUGCCACGGGGCAGCGUCCGGGCCCCGCAGCCCCUGGGCAGGGCAGGCCAGCAGGCGGCUCUGCGUUGUCUGUCUUCAGCCAUCUUUCCUGUUGUAUGUAAUAUAGAAUUUGUAUUUUUCUUUUUUUUUUUCUCCUCCCUGCCCCCUGCAUUCAGAUUCUGAACCGUUUGCCGUAGGGGCCUUUUUUGGUUUUUACUCCUUUCUCCCCUCUCCCACUACCUCCUGCUGCCCCAGAACCUCUCGGAUCCAAAGGAGUGGAAGCUGCGAGUCGCCUACAGCAAACCCCCUUAUUAUUAGGAAUAAGAACAGUAAUUGAUAUGAACAGCAUUGUAAGAUGAAUUAGUUGAAGUGGUUUUUUGUACCGUGUUCUAAAUUUAAUGGAUAAAUGUGUCUUGUAUAUAAAAACAAAAACCCCA